AUGGCUACCAUCAAGUUGAACCCAAUUACCAUCAUAUUUGGUCUGAUUCUGAUCACGAUCUCCGCUACUAUCUCCUCCGCUGCUCAUUCUCCUCCUCCUCUUUUAAAGGAUGUUUUCUUCAAAUUCUACUUCAUUGCCCGCAUCAACGGCACCAUUGAAAAGCUUCUUCCGCCAAAUCACGUGCCGGCAUCUUUGGACGGAGCAACCAACGUCCAAUCCACAGACGUCGUCAUUAACCAUAAAACAGAGGUCUCGGCCAGGCUCUAUCGGCCCAUGAAUGCGGAUUCCAAGAGUCGUCUCCCCCUUCUCGUCUACUUUCACGCAGGUGGUUUCUCCAUCAGUUCUGCCUUCGAUCUUUCUGUUCACACUUACAUGAACAAGCUUAGCUCCGACGGAAACAUCGUCAUCCUUUCCGUUGAUCACCGCCUCACCCCUGAAAAUCCCAUCACUAGCGUCUACCGUGACGGAUUUGACGCCAUGAAAUGGGUAGCCAAGGCUCAACGCAAAAGUACCAACGGCGACUUAGCCUGGGUGAAAGAAGUGGUGGAUUCCGACAAGAUCUUCGUAGGAGGACAUGACUCCGGGGGAAACAUCGCCCAUAACGUCGGGUUGCGAGUCCAAAAGAAGAAUCCAAAAGGAGUAAAGCUUGCGGGGAUAAUACCAAUCCAAGGGUAUUUCUUAACCGUGGAUGCGUUGCCUUCUCUUCUCAGUCAAAGCGAGGAUAUGAGGAACAAUAUAACCCUAUUCUGGCCUUUUAUAGUCCCCGGUAGCAGCUCCAGCGAUCCCAGAGUUAACCCUUCAUUGGAACUCAAUUUGCAGGUCCUAAAGCCCGCCAAGGUGUUGGUUUGCGUGGCCGGGCUCGACGGUUUGAAAGAUGCAAGCAAGGCGUACUACGAUGCACUUCAGAAGAGCGGGGUGAAUUCCGAGUACUACGAGUCCGUCGGAAAAAUGCAUAAUUUCGAUUACUUCGCAAUGGACUCAACUGAAGCAACCGCUCUACAAUCUAAAAUUAUUUCAUUCAUGCACUAA